AUGCACCCGUCGGAAAUUCGCACGAAAUUGGGGCAGCAGGAAGUCGUGCGGAUCCUGAAUAUCUCCAUCACGCCCGACACUUAUUAUUAUGGAACCGUAUAUUCGUACCCCGACGAUCAUGGUGGUCUGGCCUUCAACUGGGCGAUGAUCAUCGGCACGACUGCGAUUUCGCCGUUCAUCUUCGAAUUCAUCCCGGCUAUCGUAAUGCUUUUAGGUGGACCGACCGGUAUCAUCCCCUCCGAAUGGGGCCUCUGUGCUCCCCUCUUCUUCUCCAGUUAUUCGAGCUCGGAUGCGAUCCUUGUCCUAAUACUGUUUCGGGCUUAUCGCCGGCGGACCAGACAGAUCCUGCGGCUCCAGUUUCGGCCGAGUGCCAGCGGGCAACAGGGGAGCAAAUUGGACGUAUACAUCAGCGAACAGCUGCGUAUCUCUGUUCCUCAUCUAAAUCGCGCCAGUAAGAUGGAGCUGGCGACGUUCAUCGCCACCGUAUUGGCAAUUUCAAACAGCACCCAACCACAGCAGCAACUUCAGCAGCAGACUGGGGUCGCGGCCGUCUAUGGCCCGCAUACUUGCUAUCAAGACGCAAAUGAUAAUGGAAAAUGGGCAUUGAAUACUGCGUCGGCCCAGAAAGUCUACUGCGAGAACCAGAAGUGGUGCGGAAAGUUCGCUUCGAGCUCGCUCGUCGUUUGGGGAUGCGUCGCCAGCGAUAGCGUCUGCACGAAAGAGGGCUCCUACAAGCUGACCGUAGCCGACACGAAUGGAAAAAACGUCAAGGGUCACUUCUAUUGUUGCACGGGUGAUUAUUGCAAUCCCGCCUCAACCUACAGUAUCUCAUUUGCGUUGCUGGCCGCUGUGAUUGUCAAGAUUUGGUGCCAAUUA